CAGUAGGCUUGUUCGCUAUACCAGUCAGUGUUUCCCGAACUGCUGUCAGUGACAGUUCCCCGAUCAUGCGGCGGCGGAUCCUCGAUCAUUGAUCCGUAUCAAUAACGAGAUCUUCUUUUUCUUCUCUCUCUUUCCGAUCUGCCGGCAAUAUCAUCGCGUUGUUUGAGUUUUCUCUCGGUUUAUAUUGUUUUUUUCAUUAAUAAGACGCUAUCCGGAGAAUUUCUGCUCACGUGCGGUGCUACAAGUCACGGAUCGUUAUUGUUGUUAUUGUUUUGAAUAAUUGGAGCAAUCAUGGUGUCGACCAGCAGAGCUACUUGGAGGCUGCUGCUCGUCUGUUGCGCGGUAUUGCUUCUGGGCCUCCUCCAGAACGUCGAAGGUACGAGAAAGAGAUUCCGUAGGCCGACGACUUCCGCCCCGUCGAUCUCGAGUGAUCAGGAGGUCUCAGCCAGUGUCAACAGGUUCAAAGUCACGCGAAAUCGUGUUAGCAACAAGAACACGAAGAACGAGCUUCAGCCUGGGAAGACGAACGACUAUAAGCUCGUAUGCUAUUACACGAAUUGGUCCCAGUAUCGCACGAAGAUCGGUAAGUUCCUGCCGGAGGACAUUCAACCUGACCUCUGCACCCACGUUAUCUUCGCCUUCGGAUGGCUGAAGAAGAACAAACUAACCAGUUUCGAAUCGAAUGACGAAACGAAGGACGGCAAGAUCGGCCUAUACGAGAGGGUGGUAAAUCUUAAAAAAGCCAAUCCGUCCCUGAAAGUCCUGCUUGCGAUCGGCGGUUGGUCCUUUGGCACGCAGAAGUUCAAGGAUGUGUCCUCGACGAGAUACGCUCGGCAGACCUUCAUCUACAGCGCCAUACCGUAUUUGCGAGAUAGGAACUUCGAUGGUCUUGACAUCGACUGGGAAUACCCGAAGGGUGGGGACGAUAAGAAGAACUACGUUUUAUUGCUGAAGGAACUGCGAGAGGCUUUCGAAGCGGAGGCGCAGGAGAGGAAAAAAAUACGUCUCUUGCUAACCGCUGCGGUACCAGUUGGACCGGACAACGUCAAGAGCGGAUAUGACGUGCCGGCUGUGGCCAGUUACUUGGACUUCAUCAAUCUCAUGGCUUAUGACUUCCACGGGAAAUGGGAGAGAGAAACCGGUCACAACGCCCCAUUGUACGCCUCGUCAUUGGACUCGGAAUGGCAGAAACAAUUGAGUGUCGACAAUGCGGCCGUCAUGUGGGUCAAACUGGGAGCACCGAAAGAAAAAUUGAUCAUAGGCAUGCCUACGUACGGCCGGUCCUUCACCCUUUCGAAUUCCGCCAAUUUCCGCGUACACGCCCCAGCUAAUGGUGGUGGAAAGGCGGGCGAAUACACCAAGGAAUCCGGUUUCCUUGCAUAUUACGAGAUCUGUGAGAUGCUGCAUAAUGGUGCCGCUUAUGUUUGGGAUGAUGAGAUGAAAGUACCUUAUCUGGUGUAUAACGAUCAAUGGGUUGGCUUCGACGAUGAAAAGUCUAUCAGAAAUAAAAUGCACUGGCUGAAGAGCAAAGGCUAUGGAGGUGCAAUGGUAUGGACGGUCGACAUGGACGACUUCAAUGGUACCGUUUGCGGCGGAAAUGUUCGGUAUCCUCUGAUUGGCGCGAUGAGGGAGGAACUUAGAGGUAUUUCGCGAGGAUCUAACGCCAAGGAUGUCGACUGGACAGCGGUUGCCACUACUAUCACAGAAACAAUCGUGAAGAAACCGGAACCCUACAAGAUUGCCGUUUCAGAGGUGCUCAGCAAGUCGAAGAAGCUUCAGAAAUCCACGCAACUAGUUAUUAAUACUCCAAUUCAGGAGAGAGAAGCACAAACCAUUUGUUACCUAACAAAUUGGUCGCACAAGAGGCCGGGAAUGGGACGGUUCAAUCCGGAAGAUAUCGAUCCGACUCUCUGCACUCACGUGGUAUACGCGUUUGCCACUUUGAAAGAUCACCUACUUACUGAAGGAAGCGAUAAAGAUGCUGAAAUGUACCAGAGACUGAUCGCACUCCGUGACAAGAAUCCAGACAUUAAGAUUCUACUUGCAAUCGGAGGAUGGGCAUUCGGUUCAACGCCCUUCAAAGAGCUCACUAGUAAUACGUUCCGGAUGAACCAAUUCGUCUACGAGGCUAUCGAUUUCUUGCGAGAAUAUAAAUUCGACGGAUUGGAUGUUGAUUGGGAAUAUCCAAGAGGAGCUGAUGAUCGAACGGCCUACGUUAAUCUUUUAAAGGAACUCAGACUGGCUUUCGAGGGCGAAGCAAAGAGCUCCGGCCAACCGAAAUUAAUUCUGUCAGCUGCGGUGCCUGCGAGUUUUGAAGCCAUUGCUGCAGGGUACGAUGUCCCUGAGAUAUCUAAAUAUUUGGACUUCAUCAACGUGAUGGCGUAUGACUUCCAUGGUCAGUGGGAAAGACAAGUUGGUCACAACAGUCCACUGUAUCCCUUAGAAAGUGCUACGAGCUAUCAGAAAAAGUUGACAGUGGAUUACAGCGCACGAGAAUGGGUGAAGCAAGGAGCGCCAAAGGAAAAACUCAUGAUUGGAAUGCCUACGUACGGUAGAUCUUUCACGCUGGUUGACAAGGAUAAAUUUGAUAUCGGUGCACCAGCAUCUGGUGGCGGAAUGGCAGGAAAUUUCACCAACGAAUCUGGCUUCUUGUCUUAUUACGAGGUUUGCAGUUUCUUAAACGAAGACAAUACGACUCUAGUAUGGGAUAGUGAGCAGCAAGUACCAUUUGCGUACAGGGAUGAUCAAUGGGUUGGAUUCGAUGACGAAAGGAGUCUUAUUAACAAGAUGACUUGGCUUAAGGAAGAAGGUUUUGGUGGCGUGAUGAUCUGGUCAGUCGAUAUGGAUGACUUCAGAGGAUCCUGCGGAGCAGGAAGGUAUCCAUUGAUUAAAGCGAUGAAGAAGGAGCUGCAAGACUAUAAAGUCAAACUAGAAUACGAUGGGCCUUAUGAAACUACUGGGAGAAAUGGAAAAUAUACCACUAAAGAUCCGAACGAGGUGUCGUGUGAUGAGGAGGACAAUCAUAUAUCCUAUCAUGCGGACAAGAAUGAUUGCACAAUGUAUUAUAUGUGCGAGGGCGAACGCAAACAUCACAUGCCCUGCCCUGUGAACCUGGUCUUUAAUCCUAACGAGAAUGUUUGCGACUGGCCGGAGAACGUCGAAGGCUGUUUACAACACACGCAAGCACCACCUGUGUAAAAGCGAGAAACAAUAACAAAGUAAAAUUCUCCGCGGUAUGCAAAACUGUAAAAAAUAAGAAACGAAAGCAAGAGGAAGUAUAGAGAAAGUAAUUUUAUUGAAAGUGUUCAUCAAUUCGCGAACGAUAAGUAUAUGACCAUCGCGCAUCGACGAGUUUUAUCCUUUUUACAAAUUUCUUCUUCCAUUAUACAUUCUCCUACAAGUACCUUAUUGUCUACAUUUCUUUAUUUCUAUUUUUAAGGAUUUUUUUUCCAUUUUCGUGUAUUUUUACCCUCGCCAUUUGUAUAAAGCACAAGUGAAAUCAAUCAUGACAAUUACGUUUGUAAAUAAAAAUAAAUUCUUGAAAUUGUU